CUUUCUUCUCAGCCUUGACAAAGAAGCUGCCAGCAAUGAAGCUCCACACCGCAGCUAUCCUGGUCAUCUUUUGGCUUGGUGUCUUCACUGUGACCACAGUGAGAGGGAGCGCUGGAAGUCAGCCCAUGCGCAAAUUCGCAUGUGUAAGCCUAUCCACACAGAAACUGGACAUCAGAAAGCUUGUCAACUAUGAAAAGCAACAAGUCCCAGUAAACGCUGUCAUGUUUAUUACUGCAAAAGGCAUCAAGAUCUGCGUACACCCUGAUCAGAAAUGGGUUCGGGCUGCUAUAAAGAAAAUAGACCAGAAACGUAGCACCAAGGGCAAAUAAUCCUGUCCCAGGAAAGCAUCUAAGGCCAACAAAAUGGAAUCAUCAUCAGUCCUGCCCAGAACAUGGAAGAAAGCCUGAAUAUCUGCUUGUAACUCCUAUUUAUUAAUUAGCAAUAAAAUCUCUGAACAAAGAUGAACUCAUAAUCUAUUCAUCGCUGGUUG